UGCUCGCUCCUCGUCUGCGGCACGACCCUCCGGCGGUCCAGCGCGCACGACCCAUCGGCCGAGCGUACGGGACGCUGGAGAGAGCGUAGAUUCAGUCGUACGCCUGGCACCCUCCCGUCGCGCAUCUCUUCUCACGUACGUACGCGAGCGUACGUACGCCGAGCGUGUCGUUGCCCCGUCUUCGUUCCUUUCCAGCUUCUAUGACUCGUUCGACGGUCCGGAGACCGGGGGACGUCUAGAUCCAACAAGAUACCACGUUCUCAUGUGAGAGCUCACAGGUGAAAGAGAAGAACGGGGCGGAGGAGAAACCGAAGAAGGGAUUAACAAUGCGUAAUGCGAGAGCGCGGGUCUGCUGAACUAAACCCACAGGGAGAAGAGGACAGAAGCCAAGGUGAAACAUGGGGGUGUACGUGCUGGGGCUGGUCGGCGUUAUCCUUUUUUACAUAGCAGUACUGGUAGUCGGGAUUUGGGCAGGCGCUACGAAGAAGAAAAAGGCACGCGAUGGACAGGAGUCUAUUAUCCUGGCUAAUCGCAACCUAGGCCCUGUCCUCGGAAUCUUCACUCUCGUCGCCACGUGGGUCGGAGGAGCCUACGUGAACGGCACCGCGGAGGUGAUGUUUACCAGAGGACUGGCCUGGUGUCAAGUGCCCUUCGGCUACAGCCUCAGUCUACUGUUUGGUGCCGUGUUGUUCGUGAGGCCGAUGAGGAAAGCUGAAUAUAUGACGAUGUUGGACCCGUUUCAAGAGAGGUACGGGUCAGGGGUCGGAGGACUGCUCUUCCUUCCUGCGCUCUGCGGUGAUCUGUUCUGGUGCGCUGGUAUAUUGAAGGCUUUGGGCAGCUCGUUGGCGGUGGUGGCUGGCGUCGAUCCGGACGUCAGCAUGAUCGCCUCUGCGCUCUUGGCAGCCGUGUACACGGUUUUCGGUGGGCUGUACUCGGUGGCUUGUACGGACGCGUUGCAGUUGGCUUGCAUCGCGAUCGGUUUAGGAGUAGCUGCGCCGUUCUCGGUGUUCCACCCGGCGGUCUCCUUCGAGAAGAACCUUGCUCCGCAGGAAUGGUUGGGCGAGAUCAAGAACGAAGACCUGGGAGAGUGGGUGGACAACAUGCUGGUGUUGAUAUUCGGCGGUAUACCUUGGCAGGGCUACUUCCAAAGGAUUCUCAGCAUGAGGACCACGAAGAUGACCACGGCUAUAUCGAUUGGGUCGAUGUUCUGCUGUAUGAUACUGGCACUUCCCUCGAUGCUGAUCGGCGUGGUCGCUCGUGCCACCGACUGGUCCUCCAUAGAAGGUUUCAACAGGAGCCUGAUUGCGUACGACGGGAAUGCGGCGUUACCAAUAGUGCUCCGAUACCUGACGCCUGAAUGGGUCGCCUUUGUCGGUUUAGGUGCGAUCUCUGCUGCGGUGAUGUCGUCAGCGGAUUCGAGUAUACUGGCUAGCAGUUCGAUGUUCUCGAGGAACGUUUACAGACUGACCCUCAGGCCAAAGGCAUCGGAGAGAGAACUCAAAUGGAUUCUGCAAAUAUCGAUAAUCAUUUUCACGACCCUGGCAACGGGGAUCGCGCUGACAGUGGACAGCGUUUAUUACCUCUCAAUCUUGUGUUCUGAUCUCGUGUACGUGGUACUCUUCCCUCUGCUGUUGACCGUCGUCCACUGGCCUUCGUUGGUCGACACGUACGGGUGUAUAGCAGGCUACGUCGUGGCGAUCGUUCUACGUCUUUGCGGUGGUGAAAAAGGACUGGGUAUGCCGGCGUUGAUCGAGUAUCCAUUCUUCGACGCGGAGACUCAAUCGCAGAAGUUCCCGUUCCGUACUGGGACGAUGAUCGCGACUCUCCUCGCUCAAUUAAUCACAAGUUUCUUCACGAGGAACCUCCUCGGCAAGGGCUACUUCCCACGAUGCUGCGACGUCCUCAGCGUCUAUUCUCCUGGCAAGUCGAAGGACCAAGGAGUCGUGCAAAGCAGCUCCGGCGCCGCUCUGAUGGACACAUCCUCUGUCAAUAAAUCCACUUCAGGGAUGGACUCGGUCGACGGUAUCGGUACAGGUAGCUACGAAGACGAUCGCACGAUUACUAAUUCACUCGAAGACAUGACUGAAAGAACCGAGCACGUGAACAAUACAAUGACCGGUGAUCCAUACGAAAAAGACUCGUGCAAGAUGAACAACGUGCCGGCGGUUCAAAAAGCUAAUCAGAGCCUGCAGCACCUGCAGACGUUGAGGAAUUCUACAAUCGGUGGCAGACACACGCCUACGCCUAGUCAAUACGCUUCUAUACAAAGUAACGAAGUGUCCAGAGGGCAGAUAUUGGCCGUGAGGAACCUGAGGGGUUCCGUGGGUCAAAUACUACUGCCGACCGGUAACAGUAUAGUGAACGUUCAAACGAAUUCUACGGUGGCCACGCCGGUGACGCCGGGGCCUCACUACGCUAAACCCAUCGAGGGGUCUUUUGCAAACGAGAAGAUGAAGGAAAACGAGAGGCACACAGAAUUUCAAACAGUCCCGGACAACAUGUUGACUACAAUAAAUGCUAAGAAGAACGUGAAAGGUGUGAAGCUAGUCGGUAUGGAGGGUGGCACUCUGAGAAGACCGUCGCUGCAGGGCACGUUUUCACCGACUCCAUCGGUGGAGCUCGUGCACAUCUUGGACAGGAGACAAAGCAGCGGUUCUUAUGGACCCGGAUCUUUGUCCCCUGUUCCUAUGGGAGUCGAGGCGUGUAAGACUCACGGGACCGCGUUAGAGGGUCAAGGUGGAAACGAGAAUUGCAGGAUCAAGAGGGGCAUCGUCAGGCAUCACAGUUUCAACGACACGGGGGACAGAGCACUGACCACCCUGGCCAGGCAACCGAUGUACCCUUCGAUGCCCCUACGACCCGAGGACUGUCGCAUGACCCUCGUGAAGAAAGACAGGAGAACCUCGACGAUCGCUCGGCACGGUUCUGUGACGACCGAGAAGGAACUGAGCGGUUGUACCACCGGGUUGGUGGUCUGCAGUCCUACUUACAACAUGUACAGCUCGGCAGUGAAGAACUCCAAUUACUUCGUCACCGACGACGAGGCAGUUAGCAGGUUUUAAAAAGCUUAGCAGUUUCAUACCGACGACCUAAUUAUUAACAAUGACAGACUUGAAUCGUUCGGACGAUUGUUUAUACAGAGUCUGAUUCGUUUAAUCAUUUGGUAACACGAAACUGCUGAGUUUUAAGGAUUUAAAUAAGGACAAUCGAAUCAUCCGUCGGUCCAUUCUUUUCUCCCCACGAGUACAACUCGACCACUGCCCGAUCUUUCUUAGGGAAACGUUUUUCUAUCGGAGAUUCCUGGACCAGUUCGCUUCUCGAAACGAUCCUCUUGGUUCUGGAAUUGCCAAGGUUUUAGUUAGACUCGAAACUCGUAGGCAUUAGAUAAACAUAAACGCAGUCAAACCUUGUAAAAUAAUCUAGCUAAUUGGAAAAGUUUCUAAAGAUGACUCAAGCCUGUCGUACUUAAAUUCUCAGAUUUCUAAAAUAACCACCUUUCGACUUUACUCUUUACUACAAACGUUCGCAUUUUUAAGAAGUUUACUAUAAAAAGUCAAGAGAUAUUUUUGAAACUGAAUAUUCGACAAAAACAUUUUUUAAGCAAGUAUAAACGAAAUUGGAACAGAAGAACUUUGGGCAGCAAACAUUACAAUUAGAGUUCCAAACGCAAUAAUAGAAUUAACGUAAACGUUUUGGCUACCGGAUUAAAACUGUAUCUUCCUGAAUCUGUUCGUCCUCCCUACUUGGAGUCAAGCAUCAAAACGACCUUUGCCCGCGUCUUUAAGAGCUGAGAGUAUUUUUGGUACGACGAGGAAACUUCGUGGAAGAAUACGGUUCUAGUCGUUUUCUAAAUAGUACUUAGCCACCCAUUACAGACUGAUUCGAGAACUAGAGGACCCAAUUUCAAGUUAAGUUUUAUAUACAAAACGAAAAAAAAUCGAAGGGACAGUCAUCUUUUUUCCAUAUAACAUCGUGUAGAUAAAUCGAGGACCCUUGGCCAGUUCGCGUAUAAACGCACCAUUAAAUAAUUAAGGAUUAAUUAAAAAAGAAACUAGAUUUUAGCUGAUGAGAAUUGAUGCACCAGUUUUAAAGUCCAGAAAGAAAUGAAGAGUGAGAAAUGAAAAGCAGCAGCAGCAUCAACUUUGUUAUGGGGUCUCAGAUUCGUUUCCUGUUCGAGGAUAUCCAUUCUGAAUCCAAAUCUGUUUCACUGAAUCUGUGUUUUAAAUAAUUCAUUUUCAGUCAAACGGAUGUGUGAUUAAAAUAAAUUCUAACAAAAGUUGGAACUCACGUUUGGGAAACAGGAAUUAUUUCCCUGGACUGGAAACGUUUCAUUGGACUAGCUAAAGUGAAAAGGUUUGCUCAACCUGGCUCUCGAGGUUAGGCUGCUGGAUAUAGAACGUCCAAUCUAUUGCAAAUGAAAAUAUUCCGACGACGAAAAAUAAUAACGAUAUUUUUCCACCGAUUAUACGAUUAGGUCUCGUAGGGUUAAUUAAUACAAUUGUAAAACGGUAGUUGUACGAUAUAUACACGCACACACGCAGACACAACGUACGGAGGUAAUUCUCAACGUUAAUUCAUAGAGAAUCACGAUUUAUAGGUGAUACCUCCGUUGGCUCAAUAAUUUAUAGUGAAACAGUAGAUAAACACACGUUUCUAACCUAUUAAAUAAUACACUCACGUUCUACUAUUUUUCUUACGAAACGUUCUCAUCAUCGGUGAUAAUUCAUCUCAUUUUUCUUAUCAAAUGAAACAUUUUACAUUCGGUUUUCAAUAGAGAAAUAAUUCAUUUAAUUUACAGUUCAUGAUCAGUUCUAAUUGAGAUUCUAAAUAGGGAAGUAGUACAAGUCGACCGCUGGUCAGACGCUGAGCAAAAACUGUACCUAAUGACAAACUUCAAGCUUUUAACUUUACCAAAUUAAAAAUUCUGUCUGAAAUCUCAAUUAGAAUUUUGUAUCACUUCGUCAAAUGUUCCCUAUUUAUUUGUCACACGUACAUUAAACGAAAACCGUUCUAAGGAAUCGGUAAAUAGGGGUAAACGUCGAAGACCUAUAUCAGUAUUAUUAAAACAUACGCAAAAGGAUUCGAUUUGAAUUAAAAAUCGAUUCCUGGAGGACGACCAGCCUCGUGAAAGACCAACGCGGUCUUUCAUAACGAUACUUAAUUGUUACAGUAGGAUUAUUCAUAGUUACUGCUUCCAUUAUGUAUUCACAAUUUUCCAAUAAUUUUAUGCAUCCGAAUUAUUCUACAAUUUCCACAGCAAUUGCCAUAACCAGAUAGAACGAAUUAACGAUAAUUUUUACAGUGCAAGAAAUAUUAAAACAUUCUUUCGUACAUGAAACAAUUCUCGACUUUAAUAAUUUAUUUGUCGGACGUUAAAAGGAAUCUACACUAAUUUCGAUGGGAUCUGUGAAUACAUAAUUGGAACGGAAAAAUAUAGCCUUCCUCUUCCGUUCGAGUAUAACGUAAUCGUAAUGUAACUUUAUAUUACCGUAAUGUACGACGUACGCAGUAUAACACGAGUACGAGAACAGUUCUGUUAGCUUUCGAAUCGAAACACAACGGACGAUUGUGUUGAAACGUGAAUUACGUGCCAAAUUCUAGGUUUAACGAAGGUGUAACGAACGAUUUACACCUCGCGAUAGCGAUAACACGAGCAAUUAUAUUUGUCUUGCCUUAAACGUAAGGACCGUUCAUUACUAUAAGGAGACUCGCGAUUACAUCCGAACCGAGCUAAUUCAUAUGACUUAAUUUCUAAACAAAACGUUCACGCAAGAUUUCGUACGAACGAUUUUUAUUCGCUUGCCGUGCAACUCUUUGAAGCAUCUUCGUAUACAAUAAGAAUAAACACCUGUUUGAGUCUCGCACUUUAAAUUACCAUUACAGGUGGCACAUCUCGCAUAAAACAUCGCAGUUCAAUGAUAUAAUAACGAAACAUGCGUAAAUACCUUGAUUACUUGAUUAUUUGAAGAUUUUCGGCACGCAGCACGACGACGGAGCACCGGCAGCACGAGCGACGCCAUCUUGACUAUGGAAGGAUCCUCCGGUCACGUGAUUCUCGGCUCGGCGACGCCAUCUUGACUAACGAAGGAUCCUCCGGUCACGUGAUCUUCGGUUCGGCGACGCGUGCGCGCGGUUAAUUUGAAUCGAAUUAAAAUUAAUUAUAAUUAAAAUACGAAGAUUAAUGAUUCUCCUCUCGUGUUUAGGUAUUAAAAUUGAUUGAAAUCGGGACAUGCUUCAAAGAGUUAAUUGUACGAACGAACUUUCGUUUACGAACGAUGGAGAAUCUUAAUUAUUGUUCUUUAUUUAAUUUCGAAGAAUUAAUAAAGAACGAAAAGCUCGGAAUGUUAGGAACGUCAGAUUCUAAUUAAUCUUACGAUUAGUAUAAUAAAUAAGCGCCACAGACAUUUCGUCCCCGCAGUGUAAAUUUUACAAGCUGUUGAAAAGAUUUUUAAACGAACGUAGCAGCUGCUCUUUCCAAUUGUUUGUAAGAUUGCCCUGUUACUCUAUUUCUAUCGACGGAGAUCGACAGUCAUUGUAAAAAAGAAGAGAGAAGCUCAAAGUGCCGAAUAAAGGAAAUCAGCAUAAUGUA